AUGUGGGACUAUUAUGACGGGAAAUCGGUCCUCGUAACGGGUGGCUCGGGGUUCUUAGGGACCGCUAUUGUACAUCGGUUGCUCACCAGCACAUCUGUGCUGACGAUAUACCUGGUUUGCAGAGGAGGCAAGAAGAAGGUUCAAUCCAGGUGGAAAAAAUGGCUUCCCCACGGCACUUUGGAGAAACUGCACCAUUCAACACGUUUAGUCGUCCUUGAUGGUGAUAUUCUACUACCUAACCUGGGGCUCUCGGAGCCCGGGUUGAACGCCAUGCGUAAAAGCGUCAAUGUGAUAAUCCAUGCAGCUUCAUCAAUCAACAUGAUAAAGCCGCUAGGCCGUCUGACCCGUACAAUAAUUGAUCCAACAGAGAUGAUUGCCGAUUUUGCUCUCUCUUGCGCUCAGCUCGAUCGAUUCGUGUAUGUGUCAACCGCCUACGCCAACGCACAUCUCUAUCAACAGAGUCAAAAUACAGAUGUCAAGAUCGACGAAAGGAUAUAUGAGCUUACGCACCAUUAUCAUGCCUCCGACGAGCUCAAUCAACUUCGAAAACACGGCAAGAGCCAAGCAUAUGAAGCCGAAAAUUUUCCUUGGGCCUACGCCUACGCCAAACACCUCACUGAAAGGACGCUGCAGAGCAGAUUCACCGAGUUCUCUUCGAGUGACAAAUUACUUAUUAUUCGUCCGUCUGUUAUCGGACCAGCACAAUGUCAUCCCUUUCCAGGGUACAACAUGCCAAUGUCAUCGCCUUAUACAAUGAUUGCCGCGGGGCUGGCUCUAUCCCCAUCAAGAAGCCUGAAGAUUGCAACCAACAUGCAAGACCCAACAGCGGACGUCACGGGCGACGAAGUCCCCGUUGAUGUCGUCGCUGAUCGUCUGCUAUGCCACCUUGCCAUGGGCUCACAUGGUUGUGUCCACGCAGUCAGCGGCAUCCGGUCCCGGUUGAACUUCGAGUCGUGGCGGCAAUCGUUGGUGAAGAUUCGUCGAUUUCCUUGGGAGAUUCGACCGCGUUGGGUGAAGAAGGAUUGGAAGUCCCCGAACCAGCAUCCGAUGUCGAGACUCUAUGCUAUUUUCGGCACUUCUUUUGCGUUCUCGGAGACCAAAACAAUUGAAAUGUGUGAGAAGGUACCCGAGAAAGAAUUAUCUGGUCUUCAACUUUUUACCCAAAUUGAUAUGAGCGACAACCUUCUUACUCGCACCGAGGGGAUUCGGUACGUUAUGGAUCAGUUUGCUCGGCAGAAUUGGCUGGCGUGGAACAAGCCAUAUCACCCGCUGUGUGGACUGUGA